UAAAUUACAUUUUCACCAUGUCUCCUGCACUCUUCAACUCUCUGUUUAUUCUGCUCAUAUUCCUCCCUAAUGGGCUCUCUCAGUUGGUGAGAACACAGCAGGUUGUCACAGCAACCCUGGGAGAAGAUGCAGUCUUAAACUGUGAACUCAUGACACCCAAAGACGUGCGUCAAGUCACCUGGCAGAAAGUGACAACUGGGGCGAAUGAAAAUGUGGCCACAUACAGCAAACGAGGUCCCAAUGUCAACCCACCUUUUCAGGGGAAAGUGGAGUUUGAAGAUGAGGGACUGCAGAAUUGCUCUAUCGUCAUCAGAGGAGUGUCAAGAGGAGACGAGUCCUGCUACAAGUGUCUGUUUAAUGCCUUUCCAGAUGGAGCUAUCAGUGGAAGGACCUGCCUCCAAGUAAAUGAGCUGUAUGGACCCUCACUCCUCAUCACACAAACCAACAACAAUCACAUCACUCUGUCCUGUUCUGCUACUGGACGACCUGUUCCUAUAGUAACCUGGGAUGACAUAAUGAUAGAACAUUCCACCAUGGUUGAUGUCACCCAUCCCAAUGGGACUGUCACUAUGACAACUACUGUAACAGUGGUAGUGUCCAGUCUAACUGACAAAGAAGUUAGGUGUGUUGCUUCUAUGUCCUUCAGUGAUGUCACCAAGAAUGCUUCCAUGGUGAUUCCAGCUUCAAUUACUGGCCAAUCUCAGGUCUCUGAUGAUGACAUGAUCAGUGGUACAGUGGUUGGUGCAGUGAUGGGUUCAGUGAUGGGUUCAAUGUGUCUCAUUGCUGUAUUCUGUGUAAUAUGGCUGCAAAAGAGGAGAAAAGACACCUCAUCCAGAAAACCCCCAGUUCCUGACCCUGAAAUCAGCAGGACUCCCUUAAAGACACCACCAACAUCCAAACAUGUCACACCAACCUCCAGUCCAUCACAAAUGUCAUACUGGUCAAGCAGCUCACCAAACAGCUCAACAAUCAAGCAGAGGUUGAGUAAGAAGUAGGUUUACCUUCUCAUACUUUCAUAGUCUUAAUGUUUCUGUAAUCUCUCUCAUUGAGAAAAAAACUUGGUUAUGAAACUUUGAAAUGUAUUUCUGCGGUGUAUGUUUCUUGCUGGUACAUUGUCUAUUUUGAUCUCUUUCAUACCAACCUCCAGUCCAUCACAUAUGUGAGUAUUUUUAUAACUUUAUUUGAUUAUCCCGAUAGAAAGCGUGAAACAGAUGAUAUUGAGAAUGUUACAAAAGCUUUUAGUAUAAAUUACAAUGACCCCAAAAUCUAAACAUAACUUAAACAUUUC